UCCGGUGGCUGAGUUGAGGUCGGUUUGGAAAGCUCGCUUUGUGUCCGUACUGGGGCGUUAUCCCCGUCACUUUGUUUUAUUUUAUCAUUUACUUCAAUUUCAUUAAAACUCACAUUCCGAGUGCAUUUCUAACAGGGCAUGCAGAUAGCCAACGCAGCGAACAUCAUAGAGGACCUCGGUGGCAACGGAGUGGUGAUUGAGAUGAGUGACCACCAAGAGAUACCCACUCCCGCCGAACCUCCUGCACCAGCUGAAGCUCCGAUGAAGACUAGGGGGAAGAGAGGAAGACCUCUGAGCAAGGAGCCCAAGCCAGGACCCAAGCCCAAAAAGACGAAAGUGGGGAAACAACCAAAGCCAAAAUCUGGCCCCCAGCCCAAGAAGGGCAAGAAGACCAAGGGCAAAGAAGGCAAGGGGGGAGAGCAGAAGAUCGAUGAAGCCUUCAAGAAGGUGAGGCGGAAGGUGGACCGAUUCAAGGGCAUGACGGAGGCUGAGGUCAUGACCAAAACCCUGCAGGACAUCCUCACCCACAACCUGGACUUUGUCAUCAUUGGAAUCAAUCCUGGACUGAUGGCGGCCUACAUUGGACGGUGGUUUCCAGGCCCAGGAAACCAUUUCUGGAAGUGCCUGUUCUUAUCGGGGAUCACUGAAGUCCAGCUCAACCACAUGCACGACCAGUCUCUGCCCGAGAAGUAUGGGAUCGGCUUCACCAACAUGGUGGAGAGGACCACUCCGGGAAGCAAGGACCUCUCAAACAAAGAGCUGCGGGAGGGCGGCAAGACUCUGGUGGAGAAACUGAAAAAAUACAAGCCUCUCAUCGCAGUCUUCAAUGGCAAAUGUAUUUACGAAAUGUUCAGCCGAGAGAUCUUCGGGUUCAAGCCGAAGAAGCUGGAGUUUGGUGUACAGCCGCAGAAGGUUCCGGACACGGAGACGGUGUGCUACCUGAUGCCCUCGUCGAGUGCCCGCUGUACCCAGUUCCCCCGCGCCCAGGACAAGGUGCAGUUCUUCCUCAAGCUGAAGGACCUGAGGGACCAGCUCAAGGGCGUGGCCAAGAACAAGGAAGUGGAGGAAAUAAAGUACACCUUUGACCUGGACCUGGCCAAAGAGGAUGCCAAGCGGCUGGCCAUCAAAGAGGAGCAGUACGACCCCGGGUAUGAGGAGGCCUUCGGCGGGGGCUACUGUGAGACGGGCCCGGGGGCUGGGCAGAGUAACGGGGCUGGGGAGACGGAAGGUCCCAGUGCGGUGGCCACACCCCCUCAGCCGGGGGUGGAGACUGCGUAA